AUGGCAUCACCGGAUCAGCUGGUGGGCAGCCUAGAAAGUCUCACUCCUGAAUCUUUCACAACCGAAUCAGAGAGAGUCCGGGCCUGGGAGCAGAAUUGGGUCAAUGGAGCGACAAACGCAUCCAUUAAGACGCUGAUUGAUGCUGGCAUCUUCGCAAAAUGGAUUAAAAUUGGAGGCAGGCCUGCCAAAGCUGGAAACCUGGCUGAGCUCGUAAAUGCCGUCGAAAUUCUCAUUAAGCGUAUGAUGCGACAGAUAUCCGGACAGCAUCUCAUUGUCGAAGUAGGCGAGGAUAAAUACGCAACAACGCCUUGGGUCGAGAAGCUUGUUUCUGAUCCCGCCUUCCCAUCUAUGUAUGGGGAGUUUUACAAAAACCUCAAUGUCGCCAUGUUCCGCACGUUGCCGUACUUUCUUGGGGAGAAUGGUUUCAAGAACCCCACAGACGUCGUCAGCAGCAAUUGGCAGUACAUGACCGGGAAGAGCUCUAGCUUUUUCGAGGACGUCGGCACCAAUGCAGAGUUGCGAAAUUCCUUCAACGACGCAAUAAAGUGCCACUCAAAGUACAACCUCACACCAUGGCCGGACGUGUUUCCGACAGACUCUCUGGCCCAAGGCGCCAAGCCUGACGGUGCCCUCGUUGUAGAUAUGGGCGGUGGAAAAGGCCAUGACCUCACCAAAUUCAACGUCCGGCAUCCGGAUGCGCCCCAAGGUAGCCUCAUUCUACAGGACGUGCCAGACAUCCUCAAAGAUAUGAAGCCCGUUGGACACAUCUCGGUGCAACCACACGACUUCUUCCAGCCCCAGCUGGUCAAGGGAGCCCGAGCCUAUUUUAUGCAUAAUGUUCUCCAUGAUUGGGCAGAUCCAGAAGUGAUUCAGGUCUUGAAGAACAUACCCGGUGCCAUGGAAACAGGGUAUUCCCUGAUUCUGGUGCACGAGAGUUUGAUCAGCACGCUCAAUCCUUCACCACUCGUGACUGUAUCAGACAUUACUGUCAUGGCUUGCUUGUCCGCGAAGGAGAGGACAGAGAAGGAAUGGGAUAAGCUCUUCCAAGAAGCCGGCCUUCGCAUUAUUAAAAUCUGGAAGACUGUGGAGGCGGUUGAAAGUAUUAUUGAAGCAGAGCUCGCCUAG